AUGGCCAUGUGUGGCCAGUCUCAACGCCGGCGGGAGCUUCCGGCGUCGUGGCUGCUGAUUUCUCGGCCAGGAGAUGAAAAGAUCACUGGCGAAAUAGUCGCUGUCGGGGCUGGACACGUUCCACCAGAGCACAGGUCGGGUGCUGAAGUGAUAGAUCUGAAGGGAGCUAUCGUGCUGCCAGGGAUCCAGGAUGCACACAUACACAUCGGGUGUAUGGGAGAAAGUGCUCAUUACGUGGAGCUGAGUAGCUGCCAUUCUGUUGCGGAGGUGCAACAAAUGCUCAGGCAGCACGCUGAGAACAACCCAGACCUCCCGUGGGUGAUCGGCACGGGCUGGGAUCAAAAUCUAUGGGCGCCGGUAAAGCCCCUGACGAGGCUCGAUCUCGACGCGGCCCUCCCCGACGGACGGCCUUGCCUCCUCUACCGCCGGUGUUGGCACGCCGCCGUCGUCAACACGGCUGCGCUGCGUGCCGCGGACAUCGACCCGAACAAACCGUGGUCCCUUGGAAAUGAUCCGCCGUCUGCGGCGGGGGUCGGGGCAGAAGGGGAACAGGAGGAGAAAUCGGGUGCGAUCGACGGUGUCGAGGUAGACGACGCCGGGCGCCCGACGGGGCUCUUUCGGGAAGGCUCGAUGCGGCUCGUGGAGACCGCCAUCACCGCGGCUUCUUUCGAGAUAAGAUGCGACCAGUUCGCGGAGGCUCUUGAGCGGUGCGUGAGAAGCGGGCUCACUGCGGUGCACAGCAACGACGAGAACGCUAUCCAGGUCUACUCGCAGUUGCAGGAGGAAGGACGGCUCCCUGUUCGCGUUUACCUGACGCUGCCCCACGAAGAGCUCGACAAGGACAACCCUGUCGCCGACAACUUCGGUGGCGGUGGAAGAAAGGAGAGCGUAGGAGGGGUGUGCGAUGAAAAGCCGACACCGUGGUCCGGGGACGGAGGUCUGGUGUCGUGGAACCGAGUGAAGCUCUUCUCCGACGGGUCGUUAGGCGCUGAGACGGCUGCGAUGAGGCUGCCGUACUUGGGCACUGACAACAAAGGAGUCCUGAUACACGAGCCGGAGGCGCUUACGAGAAAAGUGGCGCAAGCCCGAGACCGCGGAUUCCGGGUUGAAGUUCACGCCAUCGGGGACAGGGCCCUGGAGGCUGUCCUGGACGCCUUCGAAGGCGCGGGUCUUCAACCCACAGACCGGCCAAUUGUGACUCACUGCCAGGUGUGUGUCUAUGUUCAGAGAGCCAGACAUGGAAGAAACGUGGGACGGUGGUCAAGCGGAGAUGAACGGCAAAAGCUGCGGCUUUCCCUGAAGACUACUCGAAAGGUUGCCGGCCCUGACCUGGUGGCGAGGAUGGGGAAGCUCGGCGCCAUGGCGGCGGUUCAGCCGUCUUUCGUACCUUCGGACGCAGACGUGGUCAUCAAACGCCUGAGCCCCCGCAUGCACCCGAGUUGCUACCCCUGGCGCUCGCUUCUGGGCGGCGGCGUGACGUGCGCGGGUAGCAGCGACGCCCCAAUCGAGGGUACAGCAGCAAACAACACGUUGCUGUUACAGACCCACAACCCCUUCCGUGGCAUGUACGACGCUGUAUUUAGACCGGAUAAGCCUCCAUCGUCUCCGGUAGAUCAAGUAGGCGCUACAACGCAGCCAUCGGGCAGCGACGCCGUUGACGUUGCAAACGAUGAGACCGGGAACAGUGGCGGCGGCGGCGGCGCCAGCGGCAACGGUGUGACGGCCUUUAUGCGGGAUGAAUGCCUCACGCUCGAAGAGGCGGUGUGGAUGUACACCGCCGCCGGCGCCUUCGCGGCGGGCGCGGAAGCGAGGAUCGGGGCCAUUCGGCCGGGGUUCCUGGCCGACCUCACUGUCUUCGAAGUGGAAGGCGGUUGCGAGAGCCUGUUGAAAGACCCGAGGUCCGAGUGGGUACAGGGGGGAUGA